AUGCCUAACCCUACAGUAACUCCGGAUAGGCUUGAUAAAUACAAGAAGCAAUUGUAUCAAUCUGGAGCGAUUGGUGGACUCGAAGGAACUUUGGUCGGCUUGCUUUCUGGGUUUUACAUUCUACAUACAUAUAACCAUGGAAGAAAUGUGAAAGCAUUUAGUCUUCCAAUUAGAGUUCUCUAUUUAAGUUCAUGGUGUGUAGCUGGAAUUGUAUUCUCCACGAAUGUAGAGAAGUCAAGGAUAGUCAAGCAGAUGUUAGUGGAGCACAACAUCAAAAGAGAGCAGUUUCUCAAUGAAGAAUUCAACAGAAAGGUUGAGGGUAAGAGGUAG